UGAGCGCUUCCUGUUGGCUCGCGCCCUGAUUGGCGAGCGCUCUUCCUGCGCGACAUCUGGAAGGGAGGAGAGACAGAAAAGGAGAGCGAGAGAGAGAGAGAGACAGGACUAGAGAAGGAGAAAAAAGAGGACAGAACGACUGUGACCGUCUCCUGAGAAAUACGGCGCGGGUUCUCAGUAGAGACGCGGUGGAAAACGUGGCUGAAACGCCGAGCGCAUGAGAUCACGUCCCGCUUCGAACCGUGAGCUUUUCUGCAGAUGGGAGAGCGGUUCUUACAGGGAACCUUCCAUACGUCGAGAAUUCAUAGCGUUGAGCCCCCUGUCUCGCAGUUUAAGGGUCUGGAGUUGCUGACUUGGGGGAAAAAGUGAGUCAGAGAGAGCGGGAGAGACAGAGAGCUAGAGGGAGAGAGAGAGCGAGAGAGAGGAGUCAUGGAGACUGCAGUGUUUGGAAGAAGGACUAAAUCUGUUCUGGCUCUCGUGAGCAUUUCAGACGGAGAACUUCCUCUCACUCGUUCGGUUCGAGACUCGGACGACGCACCAUGGCCCGAGAGGCUCUGUGGAAACACCCACAAUCCCUCGCUCUCUGCCAUGAUGUCGGUCUGCGUGCCCUCUCCGCAUAGCUCCUCCACUUCCAUGGAUGCGGCCAACUGCAACGGACCUACUGUGACUCCACCCACCUCCCUCAGCUUACGCUCCUCCCACAACCAACUUCUCAGUGGUGACGUGGUCAAUCAGGGCCAGACCACGCCCCCGAAGUGUCGCAAGAAGUACGCACUAAUGAGCAUGCAGAGCGCCAUGGGGCUCGGUGACAACGCUGCGCCGCCUCCUUCAUCGUCCUCCUCGUCCUCUGUCACAGGACUAGGUAACGCUACCAAUCUAAAGCUGGCGAAGAACGGCGCGAACCGGCUACGCAAGGCGGCCGAGCUGCAAGACCAAAACAAAAACACGACGAACGAAGACGACGUGGAAGACUCGGCGGACUCGGACUGCGAGCCGGAAUUCAGCGUCAGCGGGCAAACGGAGCCGGACGACUUCGAGCCGGCUAACGAGGACACGAGCGAUUUUCUCAACGACGAGGAUCGAGCCGAGGACUCGAACACGGACCCCUUCGAGGAGGAUUCCGACGAGCUGCUCAUCCUGUCGGAGAAAGCCGACCUCGUCAGGAAGUCCCCGCAGCUCCAGAAGGACAAGAUCUUCCUGGAGUCGCACGGCGACGACCUUUCGCGGGACGAGCCCAGGGCGCGAGACCACGACGUCACGGUUCCACUGCUGAAGGACGAUUUCAGUCCGCCGUUAUUACGGAAACAGCGCAGCCCAGAGGACACGCCCCUUCUGUCUGUCGGCUCCUCCUCCGCCUCGUCCUCCCCGGAGACGAAGAAGGACAGGCCCCGGACUGGAGCGAAGACGGACCGCGCGCUUCAUCGCAUCCAGAACCUUCCGCCUAGUGAUGAGGAGUCCAGCUGGACCACGCUGUCUCAGGACAGCACCUCACUGGGCUCGCCCGAGGACACAGAUAUCUGGGGAGAGCGGUCAUUCCAGACGGACCCAGACUUGCCCCCAGGAUGGAAGAUGAUGACGGACAUGGCUGGCAUUUAUUACUGGCACAUUCCCACCGGCACCACGCAGUGGGAGAGACCGGGCCCGUGCCAUCCUGCACCAAGCGUCCCUCAGGGAGACACACGCAAACACUCGCUGGGCUCGCUUUCUCCUUCACCCACACCUGACCAAGAGGCGUCUCACGCGCAGGUGUUUUUCGGAGCGUCCUGUCGCUCAGACAGCACCACGUCGGACAGCUCCGCCGACCACGUCCCGCCCGCCCCCUCCUCCUCGACGUGUCUUGACCCCGCCCCUCUCCUCUCAUCAAACUCCUCCUCCGCUUCCUCCGACGCCACCGUUCCUUCCUGUGGGUUCGUCAACAGCUGCUACUUCCCUCGAUCCUCAUCACUGCAGAUCAUGCCAGAGAAGGACAAACACCCAGAGACCCAGCAUCGACAGGAGAAGAAACAGCCCUGGAGUGAUUUUGCAGUGGGAAAGAUUGAUAGUGAGGUCUGGAAGGAUCUGCAGGCUGCUACAGUGAACCCUGACCCCAGUCUGAAGGAGUUUGAAGGAGCUACUCUCCGCUAUGCCUCUCUCAAGCUUCGAAACCCUGCUCCUGUGGAGGAAGAAGAUUCCAGCAGCGUUAACAGUGACCCUGAAGCCAAGUGUUUUGCGGUGCGCUCUCUGGGCUGGGUCGAGAUGGCCGAAGAGGACUUGGCCCCCGGUAAAAGCAGCGUCGCCGUUAACAACUGCAUCCGACAGCUCUCCUACUGCAAGAACGACAUCAGAGACACAGUCGGCAUAUGGGGAGAGGGGAAAGAUAUGUAUCUGAUCCUGGAGAACAACAUGCUGAACCUGGUCGACCCGAUGGACCGCAGUGUCCUUCACUCUCAGCCAAUCGCAAGCAUCCGUGUGUGGGGUGUGGGGCGGGACAACGGCAGGGAUUUUGCCUACGUAGCACGUGAUAAAGACACACGGAUAUUAAAAUGUCAUGUUUUUCGCUGUGACACGCCUGCCAAAGCCAUCGCUACCAGCCUGCAUGAAAUCUGCUCCCGGAUCAUGGCAGAGCGUAAGAAUGCCAAAGCUAUGGCCGGAGGAUCUCUGCAGGACAGGAGCCACACGGGACUCGACGUCCCGCUGCAGGCAGAGUUCCCCACACCAAAGACUGAACUGGUGCAGAAGUUUCAGGUCCUGUAUGUUGGCAUGAUGCCAGUAGCCAGACCCAUCGGCAUGGACAUUCUAAACGGCGCAGUGGACAGCCUGAUGACAUCAUCAGCCCGAGACGACUGGAUCCCAGUGAUGCUGAAUGUAGCGGACGCGACCGUCACGGUCAUCAAAGAGAAGGAAGAGGAAGAGGAAGUCCUAGUGGAGUGCCGCGUGCGUUUCCUGUCGUUCAUGGGCGUGGGGAGAGACGUGCACUCGUUCGCCUUCAUCAUGGACACGGGCAGCCAGCACUUUGAGUGCCACGUGUUCUGGUGCGAACCCAACGCGGGCAGCGUGUCCGAGGCGGUGCAGGCCGCGUGCAUGUUACGAUACCAGAAGUGUCUGGUGGCGCGACCACCGUCGCAGAAGUCUUGCUCGCAGGCCCCGCCCUCCGACUCAGUGACGCGCCGCGUCUCCACCAGCGUCAAGCGCGGCGUCCUGUCCCUCAUCGACACUCUCAAACAGAAGAGACCCGUCACGGAGCUGCCACAAUAGUCACACUCGCACACACACACACUCGCGAACACACUCUCACACGUAGACUCGGCAUGCGUACACCCACUCCUGUUACUGUGGCAUCGGAAAAACACACUCUUCUAUAAACAGACCCACACCGAUCGUGCUUCACCUCUAGCAUAACGUGGCUCCGCCUCCUCUGUGUCCAAUCAAGUGUUAUGUGCUUAUCUGCAUGGGGUGACCACACCUCCGUCGCAUGAUACGAGACACCGUUCAUGGUUUAGGAGAAGUGUGGAGCAUCCUCCUGUGUGUGUGUGUGUGUGUGUGUGUGUGUGUGUGUGCGUGCAUGAAAAGCCAGACAGAUCAAACACUUAACCUCACUAGAGCUUCCUCUGUACAAUCCCAGCUGGCUGUAAGGUGUGUGUGUGUGUGUGUGUGUGUGUGUGUGUGUGUGUGUGUGUGAGAGAGAGAGAGCUGUAUGUGUGUACAUUGCUGCUGCUUCAUCAGAACUAUAGCAUCUUUCGAUGCUCUCAUUCACACAGCAUGCGUUCCUACUUCCUGUCUCACAGCCUUCAUCCGUGUCGAGAUGGACAGAGGAGAGGAUAGAUUCAAAAUAAAUACUUUUUAUUUUAAAAAGCGAACAAACGA